AUGUAUAAACUGAAUCAACCCGACGUGAGGGAUCACACGGCGCGCCAGCCGCUUUCGCCUUUGACUAUCAAUACUUCAGCGCCCGCCUCCCCGGCUGUGUCGCUCUUCUCGGUGGCCGGUCACAAUCGGGUCUCGAGCUCGGUGUCUUCGCUCGUCUCCACUCCCGGUCUGGGGAACUCUCUCGACAGUCCCAGUCGGAGUCAUUUGACCGGUGUGAAGGAAGAGGAAUGCACGCGCGACUCAUUAGAAGAUCACUACUUCCAACACUUCGAUUACGACAUGUCGGCCGAAGAGUCAUACUUCGCCCCAGUGGACCGUUCAGACACCUACGAUCUGAGCGACACCGGCAUGGAAACUGCACCCUCACCGAAGAAGCGUCGCUCGGAUAGUGUAUCGAUGAAAGGCGUCUCGCGCAUCAACUCGCACAUCUCCACCAUGUCAGCGCGCUGGAAAAAGCGCGGCUCAGGCGGCGAGGCCGAUAUGUUCCCAGACGAUCUCCGCUCGCGCGCCAACUCCACCGCUUCCUCCGCCCUCGCCAGCCCGAUCACCAGUCCCGUGCCCAUGAGCCGAGUCGAUUCAAUCCCGCCAUCCCCCGCGCGAACCAUCUUCGAAGGUCGCGCCAGCGAGUCCGGCACCCGCCCAAUCGAUAUCUCCCACGCAAACAGCUUCCAGGAAGACGCCGACGGCGACGCCCAGGCCACAACACCCCUCCUCCCACCUUUCAUGGGCGACGACCCAACCAGCAUCAUCGCAUCCCGCGUCCAAUCUCCCCUCCAAUCUCCCUCCGUCGCAGACGUGAGCGAACACCAUUACCCAGUAGCAACCGACCCCCGCUUCAUGGGAAUCCUCCCAUCACCCCCUCUAUCCUCAAAACCCUCCAUCGCCUCCUUCAACCGGCCUCGCGCAAGCACAGUCCGCACCGUCUCCGGCGACGCCACACCCUUCGUCCUCUCAGACCCAAACGACGAAUGGGCUAAUAAACUCGGCCACGCCAAUUUCACUAUCUCCCCAGAACCAUACAUGCCACCCGUCCACGAUAUGGACUCUUUCCAGCAACUGCGCGCGGACUGGGAUAUCGCCCGCUGCAAUUUCGCUAAGCACCUAGUGCGCACUGGCGAACAUUACGGCGUCACUUCUUACAUCUACAAACUUACUGUUGAGAAGUGGGAAUCCAUUAAUGCGGACUGGCAAUCUCACUACGACGCCUUGCUUAACCAGCUAGGAUGCGAUGGCGUCGCUUUGACCCUCACGCAAUCUCACCCGUGCUCGGUGCGGGUCCCGCGUCUGCAUGAAGACAAAUUUCCUGAAAUGGGCGAUGAGGAUAUCGUUGGUCCCAUGACUGUUGCCGGGUGUCGUGCGAAGUCCGAGAAAAAGAGGAAUUUCUUUCGCUUUUUCCAGGAUCUGGUUUCGAGACCUUGA